AUGGGAAGAUCAGGUCGCAGUGAAAAGAAGAGAAAACAAAAUGGCAACAGUAAUAUGGCGGGGUUAGGAGUUGGAGUGAAGAAAGGGCCAUGGACACCUGAAGAAGACCGAAAGCUACUGGCCUACAUCCAACAAUUUGGUCAUGGCAGUUGGCGCGCUUUGCCUGCUAAAGCUGGGCUUAAGAGAUGUGGAAAGAGUUGUAGGUUGAGAUGGACAAAUUAUCUCCGGCCAGAUAUCAAGAGAGGAAAGUUCAGUUUGGAAGAAGAAAGGACCAUCAUUCAACUUCACGCUCUUCUUGGUAACAGAUGGUCAACAAUUGCUGCUCACUUGCCAAGAAGGACAGAUAACGAGAUCAAGAACCAUUGGAACUCACACAUCAAGAAGAGAAUGACUAAAAUGGGUAUUGAUCCGAUGACCCACAAGCCAAAGAGUGGAACCCAACUCCUGGGCUCUAAUCUAAACCACAUGGCUCAGUGGGAAGCUGCUAGACUGGAGGCAGAAGCUAGGCUUGUUCAGAAACCAAAGAACUUUUGCAAUCAACUACCCUAUCUUAUUUCACCUUCUUCUACUCCUGAACUCCAUAAAAGGUCCACCGCAGUUCCACCACCACAAUUACCAUGCCUUGAUGUGCUAAAGGUUUGGCAAGGGACUUUAUGGUCAAAUUACUCUAUCAACAAUGAGAGUCUCCAAUCACUCAUAUCCACAUCAAAUGUCUCCGAAAAAAAUUCGAUCGUCACAGCAGCAAGGCCAGUUGAAGGUAAUGGUUCGUGUGAACAAGAUCAGGUCAAGAAACUUAAUGAUCAAAUCAAAACUCAAAUGGGGACAUUUGAGGAAUUUGAGUUCACUAAUGAUGCAACUUUCAUCAAUGGCGAUCCUCUUCGAUCCCCCGAUCUCUGGGAAGACUUUGUUGAUCUUCUAGAUGGUGGUUGGAAUAGUCUAACCAGUAACUUUAGCAUGAUUGCUACACCACCAGCUUCCCCGGUAUUCUAA